UUGACGCUUUUUCUCGUGUUUACACAACAAUAAAACACACUUUACAGUUUAUUAAAGCGACAAUCUGCGACUAGUUUCUGCAUUGAGUUCACCUCUAUCUGUGUGUCUGCUGACCAGAACAAUACAGCAGGCAGAGAGCAGCUCUGAGAGGACGAUAUGAGCUCAGUUUGUGUUUUUUGUGUGUCAGGGUUAGGCUUUUCGUAGGGUUUGUAUUAGUAACAUUGCUAAGUGUGGUCUGUGAAGGAAAAUAAUGGUAAUCUGGCGUGGCAGGUAUAUGAACUUUGAUGUAAAAACAUUAACUAAUCUAGUUCUGGUCCUAAAUAGCUGUUAAAUAAAUGUUUAUAGUCUAAGGCUCAUCGAUAUUCAGAUUAUUCGAUAUAAGUGAAUGUUAUUAAUGUCACCCGACCUGAGCAAAUUACACAAUCACAUAUUGUAUCUUAAGAUGUAGCAUCAUAAUGUGUUUCACAAAUCAGUGUAAAUGACUCAGAUUUCUCUGUUUAUUCCUCUGAAGCUCCAUCAGUGAAAGACAAAGACAGAGUUUAUUGAAGGACAGUGAGAAGAUGAGUGAUCCAGAACCCUGCAGAAUUAAACAGGAAGAGACUGAAGAACUAAUAGAUGUGGUGGUGGUGAAGGAGGAGAGUGAAGAACUGAGUGAAGAUGAGGAGAAACAUCAGGUCAAGAGGGAAGAAGAAACUCAGUCAGAGACUGAAGGUAGUUUUUCAGUGGAAACCACAGCCAGAAAUUGGUUGAUCUGCUCUCAGUGUGGAAAGAGUUUCAGCUGCAAACAGACUCUCAAGCAUCACAUGAUGAUCCACACUGGCGAGAGACCGUACAGGUGUUCACACUGCGACAAGAGAUUCAGUUGUUCAGGACACCUGAAAACACACAAGAGGAUUCACACGGGGGAGAAACCGUACAAGUGUUCGCACUGCGACAUGAGAUUCAAUCGAUCAGAAAACCUGAAAACACACCUGCUGCUCCAUGCUGGAGAGAAAACACACAGAUGUGAUCAGUGCGGCAAAACAUUUUUGAGGGCUUCAGGGCUGAAGAUCCAUCUUAGAGUUCACACAAAGGAGAAGCCUUACUCCUGUUCUGAGUGCGGGAAGAGUUUUUCACAGAAGUCAAGUUUAAAUGUACACCAGAAGAUCCACACCGCUGUGAGAGAGUACGUCUGCUUAGAGUGCGAGAAGACUUUUAUUCGAGCUGCAGACUUGAAGCUGCACCAGAGGAGUCACACUGGAGAGAAACCGUACAAGUGUCCACACUGCGACAAGACGUUCAGUUUGGCUAGUACCUUUAAACAUCACAAGAUGAUUCACACUGGAGAGAAACCGCACACGUGUGCUCGGUGUGGGAGGAGUUUCACACAAUUAGCAAACCUUAAUGAACACACGAAGAUCCACACUGGAGAGAAAUCGCACAGAUGUGAUCAGUGCGGCAGAACAUUUAGGAGACUUUCACAGCUGAGGAUCCAUCUCAGGCAACAUACAACACAAAACACUCAGACGCGUGAGGGAAUUCACACCGGAGAGAAACCAUUCACAUGUACUCAGAGUGAAGAGUUUCAGGCAGUCAUCAUCCCUUGAUAAACAUGCGCAGACUCACACUGGAGAGAAAAUUCACAAAUAAUAACAGUAAUAAUAAUAAAAAAAAACAUUCUUGAGGGAUUCAGAGCUGAAGAAACAUCUUAGAGUUCUUCGUUCUUCAAAAUGCACCACACAUUCUCUAUUGGAGACAGGUCAGGACUGCAGACAGGCCAGUCAAAUACCUUUAUCCUCUUCCUCCACAGCCAGGACUCUGUAAAGUGUGCAGAAUGUGGUUUCACAAAUCCCUUGGAUGUGGUUCUUCUUCUUGGUGGUUUGCUGACAUUACCCUCAACACCGGGGCUCUUGAUAAGAGUACAAAGACUUGUCAUCUUGGCCACAGGUGCACCAAGAAGAUGCACACCUGUAAUUUGUCCUCUUUUUUUUAACUCUGAAAUGUCACCCAGAAUGUUGUGUGUAUUGCAUUUACCAGACCCUUUUAUUCAAAGUGACUAACACCCAUUGACAAACACCCAGAGCAUUAGGCUGCCCGGAGAGCAGUUAGGGUGCUUUGGUCAAGAGAAUCACCUCAGCUGUGGUACUGAGGUGGAUGUUUAUUCACUCUUCCCACCAACAAUCCCUGCAGGUGCCGGGACUCGACCCUGCAGGACUCUCUAACCAUUGUCGUGGUUUUCUUGGUUUUUCUCUUACUAAAUCAAACUCAGUCUGGAGGUUAUGAAUAUCAGAAGAAUAUACUUUAUUGUCGACAACAAAGGAGAACUUUCAGGAGACCCCCAGUAGCAUCUCUGUCUGAAAAAUUCUGUCUGACUCACGUUCUGGCCUUACUUAAAUACCCUUUUACAUCCGUUGUUUUCCUUUGUUCUCCAUAUAUUACACAAGAUCCCUCCUAGUUUAACCCCUGACCCCAAAUUCCACCUCUGACAUCUGUUUCCUGAGACACCUCAGGCUUUUUUACCACUCUCUUUUCAUCCCUUUUUUUAUGACCCUUAGUUGUUUCCUCAGGCCGUUUCCCCUUUCUAACUCUUCAUAACACUUUAAUUGUUUUAAUGGUAUGCAAGUCUACAAGCAGAUUAUACACGUACAAUUUGAAUAUAUAGAUUAACUUCACACUUUAAAGAGUAUAAAAUCCACCUCACCAUCAGGCCAUGGCUGUGUAUGCUGCUGUAUGGACAUACUGCAAUAUAUAUUAUAAUAUUUUAAGCAACACUGUGCUAUUAGUCUGCUACUUAAACUGUCAGACUCUGCUCUUACUGGUGGAAUGUAAAAUCGAUGAAGAUUGGCCACCAGGCUCAUCAGAUUUAGCCAUGAAACCCCCAA